AUGAGGCUAUAUAUCCGAACUCGACGGGAAUGCGUAGACCAGUAUUCUUCGGAGACUCCCACUAGUAUGGCCAAGCUCGACAUACCAAACCAGCUCAUUGGGAUUGCUUCUCUUUGGCCAACAACACUCAUCUAUGGAGUGAACAUUGCUAUGUUUGUCAUUUGCUGGGCAAUCCUUGUAAAGAAACAUUCCAGAGGUCAGCAUUCUUGGUUUUUGCUUAGUGCCAUAUCUGUCCAGUUCCUUCUCUCUACUGCACAUAUUAUCUGUGCUCUGGGUGCUGCUGUGAAUGCAUUUACAGUUGUCAGUUCCACAGCACCAACAGCACAGUUAACUCAAGUGUGGAUCUCACCACUUGGACGAUGGACAAAUGCACGACAGCUGAUGCACACACUCAAUAACUUUAUUGGUGAUAUUAUUCUGAUAUGGCGCCUUUAUGUUGUUUAUGGGAACAAUUGGUGGAUAAUCAUUCUUCCUGUUUGUCUUGCAGGUGCCGAGGUUGCUUGCAACCUAUAUUCUAUCAUCACAACAUUUGUCAAUCCAUCAUUGAUCAUCAAAUCCCUGAUGGGUACUCGCAGCAAUAGCUUUGAUCAGGUUGUGAUUGCUGGUUUCUCUCUGAUGGCGGCUACCCAACUUGUUGUUACAACACUGUUGGCUAUCAAAAUUUACUCUGCAUCACAAAGCCUUAGGAAACUGUCCAGAGUAGCAACCACUGGCAGGAAUCUGUCUACUUAUUCAGAUAUUAUCUGGAUGCUGGUAGAAUCUGGUUCUGUCAUGGCAAUAGUUGAUUUGAUUUGGCUGGCUUGCUGGAAACAGGGUCUUGGUGGAAUAUCUGAAUGCAUUCUUGCUAUUCUUGGCCAACUCUCUCCACUGGUUUCAUUUUCAAUUAUUGCACGCAUUGGCUUACAUUUAGCCUUUAAUGGAGAUACUAGUGCCUCUGGAAGUAAAUCCCAGGGUUCCAGUACCUCAGCCACUCUUGAGUUUAGAGCACGGUCUGGGACCACAACCAGAUCGGCUUUGACAGCAAGUGGCAGUGCUACUGAGUUGAAGCCUGUGUGGAAGGAAGAAACACAAGGGGAAAUAGUAUGA